AUGCUGGCUUACUUUGAUGCCUUGCAAAGAGCAGGCCUCAUUCCAGGAGCUCAAGAGCCCAUCAUAGACCAGCCGCAGCAGCAGCAGCAGCAGCAGCAGCAUGCUUCUGCGUACUCCCCAGAUGAGGCUGCUUUGCCCUUGGCGCUGCAGCAGCCGGAGGCAGGACUGCAGCAAAAAGAAGAGCCGCUGCAGCGGGCAGGUGUUGAGCGUGCAGAAGAGCCAGCAGCAGCAGCAGCAGAAGUUGCUGCUGCUGCUGCUGCUAAUAUUCCAGCACGCCGCGGCAGCCCAGGAACAGCAGAUUUCGCAGCAGAGGCAGCAUCGCUUCAAAGUGACAGCGAAGGCCACUCGAGCUCAGGUAACGAAGGCGAGAGAAAAGCAGCAGCAGCAGCAGCAGCAGCAGCAGCAGCAGAAGAGUCAGGGGCUGUGCUCCCAGCCCUGCAUCCGACAGACGCUGCUGCUGCUGCUGCUGCUGCUGCACCCAGGGUGCCGUCAGCCAUUUCAGCUUUUUCGUGUUUUUUUGCUUUUUACUUUUCUCCUUUUUAA